CUUCAUCUUUGCUGCCUUUGGAUGGAAUUCUGCAGUGUUAACAUUGUGUGGUACUUAGGCCUGAUCUGCUGUAAUUCAGGCAUAAAACUUGUUGUGGUCAUCUUUUGAUUUUUGUUCUUUAACCUAAUCUUGCAGUUAAGAUGGCAUGCUCUGCCCUCAUGAAUUUAUAGUCUUUGUUAUGGGGUGGGGUGGAAGACUGGAGGUUAUUAGGCUGUGGCUUCCUUUUUUAAACAGCAGUGUUUUAAUAAGACAUGCUAUAUAUGUGAGAGAGUGUGGGGAUUCCUGCAACAGUAGUGACUUAUCCAAGGAUGCAAAUUAAAUAAAAUGAAACAAACUUAAAUGUGUAGAGAACUGUGAUUUCUCAAUUUCAUGCCUGUGAUUCAAGCACAGUGUUUCCAACAUGUAGGUUUCUUCCAUCCUUUUUCUUGUUUAACCUAAAUUGGAUUUUUUUAAUGUCUUCUGUUUCCUGUGGAAGCGUUUUAUUUUGCAGAAUCUGACCAACAGUGCUUUCAGUGAAACUUUUGCCUUUAGAAGACUGUUUUAUAUAUGCCUUUAAGAGUGAUAGCUCUUUGAUCUCUGUCCAUACGUAAGGAAUUAUUCUUUUACUUACAAGUUACUUCAGUCCAAAUAUGGAUGAAGCAGUUUGUAGUCAAGGUGUGUUUACUGCGAUCUGUCAGGAAUUACAUGGGGACUGUCCUGAGAGUUGCUAUUUUUAUUUGACUUUGUUAUUUGACUACCCUGGUGGCAAAUCCUGAGAGUUGAAAAUACUCAGUGAACUUCAGGAGGUUCCACAGUUUUCCUGCUUCACUAGCUCUCUGGACUUAAUAACACAUACUGGAAGUAGAACUACUUUAUUCAUGCCAGUUGUACUGAUGCUUGUUUGGAUGGAAGACAAAGGAGAAGUGAAGUGCAUCAAGUUUUCCUUGGGGAACAAGAUACUGGCUGUGCAGAGAACUUUGAAGAGUGUGGACUUUUUGAAUUUUAUUCCAGAUAGCCCUCAGCUAGAGUAUACACAGGAAUGUAAGACAAAGAACGCCAAUAUUCUAGGAUUCUGCUGGACAAGCUCAACAGAAAUUGUCUUCAUCACAGAUCAAGGAAUUGAGUUCUACCAGGUAUUACCAGAGAAACGAAGUUUAAAACUUCUGAAGAAUCAGAGUAUUAAUGUCAACUGGUACAUGUAUUGUCCAGAGAGCUCUGUUAUUCUUCUUUCAACCACUGUCCUUGGCAAUGUCCUGCAGCCAUUCUAUUUCAAGAGUGGAACAGUGUCAAAGCUAUCAAAAUUUGAAAUUGAGUUACCUGCAGCACCCAAGUCAUCCAAGCUCAGCCUCUCUGAAAGAGAUAUUGCUAUGGCUACAAUAUACGGACAGCUUUAUGUUCUCUAUUUGAGGCAUCACUCAAGGACUUCCAAUAGUACAGGAGCAGAAGUAGUCCUCUAUCACUUACCCAGAGAGGGCUCCUGUAAGAAGACACACAUUUUAAAGCUGAACAGAACUGGGAAGUUUGCACUUAAUGUUGUGGAUAAUUUGGUGGUAGUCCAUCAUCAAGAUACUGAGACUUCAGUUAUAUUUGACAUCAAGCUAAAAGGAGAAUUUGAUGGGUCUACUACUAUCCAUCAAUUUGUACUUCCGCCUCGAUCAAUACAACCCUAUCAAAUACCUGUAGCAGGUCCAGCCUCUGUGACUAGUCAGUCUCCUGUUCCAUGUAAACUCUAUUCUUCCUCUUGGAUUGUCUUUCAACCUGAUAUUAUCAUCAGUGCAAGUGAAGGUUACCUCUGGAGUCUUCAAGUGAAACUUGAACCCAUAGUUAACCUCUUGCUAGAUAAAGGAAAACUAAUGGAUUUCCUUCUCCAAAGGAAAGAAUGCAAAAUGGUUAUCCUGUCUGUGUGCUCUCAAAUGCUCAGUGAGCCAGAAAGGGGAUCACUGUCUGUGAUUGCAACUGUUUUUGACAAACUGAAUCAUGAAUAUAAGAAGUACUUGGAGGCUGAGCAAAGCUAUACUAUGGUGGUAGAGGCAGGUCUGAGUAGAAGUAAUCCACUCCUGAAACGUCCAGUUCGCACUCAAGCAGUUAUUGACCAGUCUGACAUGUACACACAUGUUUUAUCUGUAUUUACAGAGAAGAAGGAAGAACCUCAUAAGUUCACUAUAGCAGUCCUGAUGGAAUACAUUCGCUCUCUUAACCAGUUCCAGAUUGCAGUUCAGCACUACUUGUACGAGCUGGUCAUCAAAACCCUUGUUCAACACAACUUGUUCUACAUGCUCCAUCAGUUUCUGCAAUACCAUGUGCUCAGUGACUCAAAGCCUUUGGCUUGUCUGUUACUGUCCCUGGAAAGCAUUUACCCUCCUGCACACCAGCUCUCUCUGGACAUGUUAAAAAGACUUUCCACAGCAAAUGACGAAAUAGUGGAAGUUCUGUUGUCCAAACACCAAGUUUUGGCUGCCUUGAGAUUCAUCAGGGGCAUUGGAGGACAUGACAGCAUUUCAGCCCGCAAAUUCCUUGAUGCAGCAAAACAAGCAGAAGAUGACAUGCUUUUCUACACUAUAUUCCGAUUCUUUGAGCAAAGAAAUCAGCGGUUACGAGGAAACCCUAGUUUUACACCAGGUGAGCACUGUGAAGAACAUGUCACCUUCUUCAAACAAGUUUUUGGAGAACAAGCUCUCAUGAAGCCCACAACAUUCUGAAAGACUCUUCCACUGAAAUGUAUAAACUUAAUUUAUUGCGUUUAAGUAGAUUUUUGAACUACAAAAUUGCUAUUUUAUAAUAAAGUAUAUACAAGACA